AAAGGACAGGGCGAUGCCAGGAAACUGGUGAAGGUUUUCCUCUGCUUUCCCACCAUGGUUGACAGCAUUAAGUAUGAAGUGGCCUCUCAGCAUGAGGCGGAUGCCACCCCUUUGGCUGAAGAGGCCAGCCCAGGGUCCGAGCAGGUGAAGCUGAAGUCGGAGAUCUCGCUGGUUAAUGGUGUGUGCCUGAUCGUGGGAAACAUGAUUGGCUCGGGCAUCUUUGUCUCCCCCAAAGGUGUACUCAUGUACAGUGCCUCUUUUGGCCUUUCCCUGGUCAUCUGGGCUGUUGGGGGCCUCUUCUCUGUCUUUGGGGCCCUCUGUUAUGCGGAACUGGGCACCACCAUCAAGAAAUCUGGGGCCAGCUAUGCCUAUAUCCUGGAGGCCUUCGGGGAAUUCCUUGCUUUCAUCAGACUCUGGACCUCCCUGCUCAUCAUCGAGCCCACCAGUCAGGCCAUCAUUGCCAUCACCUUUGCCAACUACCUGGUGCAACCCUUCUUCCCGAGCUGCUUCGCACCCUAUGCUGCCAGUCGCCUUCUGGCAGCUGCCUGCAUCUGUCUGUUAACCUUCAUUAACUGUGCCUAUGUCAGGUGGGGAACCCUGGUACAAGACAUUUUCACAUAUGCCAAAGUAUUGGCACUGAUCGCAGUCAUCAUUGCAGGCAUUGUUAAACUCGGCCAGGGAGCCUCAACUCAUUUUGAGGAUUCCUUUAAAGAUUCAUCAUUUGCAAUGGGUGACAUUGCCUUGGCACUGUACUCAGCUUUGUUCUCUUACUCGGGCUGGGACACCCUCAACUAUGUCACUGAAGAGAUCAAGAAUCCUGAGAGGAACCUGCCGCUCGCCAUUGGCAUUUCCAUGCCCAUCGUCACCAUCAUAUACAUCUUGACCAAUGUGGCCUAUUAUACGGUGCUAGACAUGAGGGACAUCUUGGCCAGUGAUGCUGUUGCUGUGACUUUUGCAGACCAGAUUUUUGGAAUAUUCAAUUGGACAAUUCCACUGGCAGUUGCAUUAUCCUGUUUUGGUGGCCUCAAUGCCUCCAUUGUGGCUGCUUCUAGGCUUUUCUUUGUGGGCUCAAGAGAAGGCCAUCUCCCUGAUGCCAUCUGCAUGAUCCACGUUGAGCGAUUCACUCCAGUUCCUUCUCUGCUUUUUAAUGGUAUCAUGGCACUGAUCUACUUGUGUGUGGAGGACAUCUUCCAGCUCAUUAACUACUACAGCUUCAGCUACUGGUUCUUUGUGGGGCUCUCUAUUGUGGGUCAGCUUUACCUGCGCUGGAAGGAGCCAGAUCGACCUCGUCCCCUCAAGCUCAGUAUUUUCUUCCCCAUUGUCUUCUGCCUCUGCACCAUCUUCCUGGUGGCUGUUCCACUUUACAGUGACACCAUCAACUCCCUCAUCGGCAUAGCCAUUGCCCUCUCAGGCUUGCCCUUUUACUUCUUCGUCGUCAGAGUGCCAGAACACAAACGGCCUCUUUGCCUCCGAAGGAUUGUGGCAUCUACCACAAAGUACCUCCAGGUCCUAUGUAUGUCAGUUGCUGCAGAAAUGGAUUUGGAAGGGGAAGGAGAGAUGCCCAAACAAAGAGAUCCCAAGUCUAACUAAAUGUCAUCUGGAAUCCUGAGAUGUGGAAAGCAGGGGCUUCUUAUCUUCCACCGGUUGGAGCUAAGGAAGUUAAAAAAGGAAAGCUCACUUCUUUGGAGGCAGCUGUCCAGAAGCCCUUUCAAGGCAGCUUCAACCUUUGAACUUACUUUUUGAGAGAUGGAAAGUAACUUAUUUGUUUUGCUAUGCUAUGUAUUGUUCCAGACUUUUUAAAAGGGAUGAUAAAGCAGACUGUGGUGGGAGUAUGUCAGAUGCUGGCUUGUUCUAGUAGCACCUCUGGAUGAGCCUACCCACUCCUCUUUCCCUUUAAAAGGCCCACAAUGCUCAAACUUCUUGUCUCCUUUAGAGAGACAAAACUGUCACAAAUGCUUGACAAUAAAGGGUUAUGUUUCUAAA